CUUUCUUGCCAUUUCUCGUAACUCGCUUGUUUUUGGCAGGUGCCUUGCCCCCAUUGUACCAAAAAAGAAACCCUACCCACCCCUCUCUCUCUCUCUCUCUCUCUCUCUCUCCCUCUCUCUCUCUCUCUCUCUCUGAGCCCUCCUCCGGUGCGCCCCACAAGUCAUCAAAGUCUAGCUAAGGAGGUAGAGGUGGUGGUGAUGGGAGAGCUGAUAAUCUCUUCCUCUUCAUCUUCUUCCCUGGUGUUCAAGCCCAUGUCUCCCACGGCGACUCCCCCUCCCAGCCUCGGCCUCACCCUCCAGCAGAGGCUUCAGCUAGUGGUGCAGAGCCAGCCCCAGUGGUGGGCUUACGCCAUCUUCUGGCAACUCCUCAACCACGACGAUGGCCGCCUCCUCCUCGCCUGGGGCGAUGGCCACUUCCAAGGCUCCGCCAAACUCACUCUCGCCUCCCGUUCUGACUGCGGGAAGCUCUUCCAAGCCCUGCCUCACGACCCCAGCAACAGUCGCCCGGAUGCUGCUGCCGAUGUCCCCGCCCCCACCGGAGACGUGACUGAUGCCGAGUGGUUCUACGUCAUGUCCUUGACCCGCUCUUUCUCGGCUGGAGACGGUAUUCCUGGGAAGGCCCUGGGCACGGGAUCCUUGGUCUGGCUGACUGGCGCUCGUGACCUUGGGUCGUACGAGUGCGACCGAACCAAGGAAGCCGAGCUCCAUGGCAUCCGCACCCUGGUCUGCAUCCCAACUGGCCAUGGAGUCCUUGAAUUAGGGUCCUGCGAUGUCAUCCCUGAAAACUGGGGCCUUGUUCAACGAGCCAAGUCUCUUUUCGGCUCCGAUCUGCUCCUUCCCAAGCACCCACCACCACCGUUCCAGCUCCACCAGGACCCUUGCGACAUUUCUUUCUUUGACAUUGGAAUAAUUGCGGGCCUUCAAGAGAGUGAUUUUGCUUCUCACGAUGACUACGAAAAGAAGGUCAAGAAGAAGGAGCCGCUGGUGGAAGGAGCUGGUGGGAAGCCAGAGGCCCCGUUCGGUUCCUGCAGCUACCUGGUGGAGUCGGAGCACUCCGAUUCUGGUAGUCCUUUCAUGGCAGUGGUGAUGACCGAGAAGAGGACCCCCAAGAAGAGAGGGAGGAAGCCAGGCCUAGGCCUCGACCCACCACUGAACCACGUGGAAGCCGAACGGCAGCGCCGGGAGAAGCUGAACCACCGCUUCUACGCGCUGCGAGCAGUGGUCCCGAACGUGUCCAAGAUGGACAAGUCGUCCCUGCUCUCCGACGCAGUGUCCUACAUCAACGAGCUCAAGUCCAAGAUCAGCGAUCUGGAGUCCCAGAUGCAGAGAGAGUCCAAGAAGUUCAAACAGGAGGUCACCGACGCAACCGACAACCUGAGCUCCACCUCCUCCGUCGACCAUAGUAGCCCAUCCGGAUGCGGCGGUUCUUUGCUCGAAGUGGAGGUUAAGAUUGUAGGGUGCGAUGCCAUGAUAAGGGUCCAGUCACAGAAUGCGAACUACAUGUCGGCGAGGCUGAUGGCGGCGAUGCGGGACCUGGAGCUCCACAUACACCACGCCAGCCUGUCGGCGGUGAACGACCUCUUGCUCCAAGACGUGGUGGUUAGGGUUCCGGAGGGGCUCAAGGGGGAGGCAGAUCUCAGAGCUGCGCUUCUUCGGGCACUAGAACAAUGACGGCCGGAGAAAUUGCGGGUGUAGAGAGAGAGAGAGAGUACGUACUGCCUCUCGGUGUGGUUUCCCCAAGAGAACCCUGUUCAGUUAAUCGUUGUGACUAUCGCGUGGUAUUUCAAAUAUGCCGGGUAAUGGGUGUGUACUUAAUUUGAUGUACGUGGCUGUAGUUGGAUAGGAGACAAAACCAUGCGUGCUUAAUGUUAUCUAUAACUAGUGACUC